ACCGCUCGCCUUCAGUUCCGUGCGAAUUGGCGUUGGGUGUGGACGCGAGUGGCGGAAGCAGGCGGCGUCGAUAUAUACGAGCUCUUCCAUCUUUCGUGAUGCGGUAUUAGAAGCUGGCAGCUCAGAGAUUCCCGCAAAGUUCAAGUGACAAUUUGCCAGCCAACAACAACUUUCCGACGCAGGCAACGCAAAUUGAAUUCGAUUCGAUUCGAUUGUCUCUCGAUCUUCAUCGAUUCAUUACGCACAGGAAAAGAGGGCGAACCAUAAAGUUCUGGUGAAAAAGUUUCCUGGGCUCCGUUGGCGUGGCAAAGCAACCGAAACCAAACCGAAAUUUCUCAAAUGAGCUUUGCUAACGACGGGCCAAACCAAUUAACAGAAUUCGUUCUUGUGUAAUAAAUAAAUUGCAAACAAUUAUAACUUGCAGUCCACUCAGGCAUAUUCAAAUGAAAUGUGCCACAAAAUGUUUACGGCCAUUGCAACUCAAAGCGACAAGGUGUUGUGGCAGUGGCAGGAAAACUAAAAGAAAGUCGUAAGGCUUUACCCAAAAUUAAUAACUGAUAAAAGCAGAAAAGAGGCACAGAAGCCGGGGAAAUCACACUCAACGUCUGCCCUUCUACCGAGACGCAUGUAAACGCAACCGGAGCCCAGAGAAGGCAAGUGGCAGGGCAGGGAAAGAUGCCAUCGGCAGAUCAGAUCCUGUUUGUAAAUGUCACCACAACGGUGGCGGCGGCGGCUCUAACCGCUGCGGCCGCCGUCAACACCACAAAGUCCGGGGGCGACAACGCCGCACGGGGCUAUACGGAUUCGGAUGCCGAUGCGGGCAUGGGAACGGAGGCGGUGGCCAACAUAUCCGGCUCGCUGGUGGAGGGCCUGACCACCGUUACCGCGGCACUGAGUACGGCUCAGGCGGAUCCGGACUCCGCGGGAGAGUGCGAAGGAGCUGUGGAGGAGCUGCAUGCCAGCGUCCUGGGCCUCCAGCUGGCUGUGCCGGAGUGGGAGGCCCUUCUCACCGCCUUGGUUCUCUCGGUCAUUAUCGUGCUGACCAUCAUCGGGAACAUCCUGGUGAUUCUGAGUGUGUUCACCUACAAGCCGCUGCGCAUCGUCCAGAACUUCUUCAUAGUUUCGCUGGCGGUGGCCGAUCUCACGGUGGCCCUUCUGGUGCUGCCCUUCAACGUGGCUUACUCGAUCCUGGGGCGCUGGGAGUUCGGCAUCCACCUGUGCAAGCUGUGGCUCACCUGCGACGUGCUAUGCUGCACCAGCUCCAUCCUGAACCUGUGUGCCAUAGCCCUCGACCGGUACUGGGCCAUUACGGACCCCAUCAACUAUGCCCAGAAGCGGACCGUGGGUCGCGUCCUGCUGCUCAUCUCCGGGGUGUGGCUACUCUCGCUGCUGAUAAGUAGUCCGCCGUUGAUCGGCUGGAACGACUGGCCGGACGAGUUCACCAGCGCCACGCCCUGCGAGCUGACCUCGCAGCGCGGCUACGUAAUCUAUUCCUCGCUGGGCUCCUUCUUCAUUCCGCUAGCCAUCAUGACGAUCGUCUACAUAGAGAUCUUCGUGGCCACUCGGCGCCGCCUAAGGGAGCGAGCCAGGGCCAACAAGCUCAACACGAUCGCUCUUAAGUCCACCGAGCUGGAGCCGAUGGCCAACUCCUCGCCCGUCGCCGCCUCCAACUCCGGCUCCAAGUCGCGCCUCCUAGCCAGCUGGCUGUGCUGCGGCCGGGAUCGCGCCCAGUUCGCCACGCCUAUGAUCCAGAACGACCAGGAGAGCAUCAGCAGCGAAACCCACCAGCCGCAGGAUUCCUCCAAAGUGGGUUCCCAUGGCAACAGCGAUCCUCAACAGCAGCACGUGGUCGUGCUGGUCAAGAAGUCGCGUCGCGCCAAGAUCAAGGACUCCAUAAAGCACGGCAAGGCCCGUGGUGGCCGCAAGUCGCAGUCCUCGUCCACCUGCGAGCCCCACGGCGAACAACAGCUCCUACCCGCCGGCGGGGAUGGCGGUAGAUGCCAGGCCGGCGGAGGCCACUCUGGAGGUGGAAAGUCGGACGCCGAGAUCAGCACGGAGAGCGGGAGCGAUCCCAAAGGUUGCAUACAGGUCUGCGUGACUCAGGCGGAAGAGCAGACGUCCCUCAAGCUGACCCCGCCGCAAUCCUCGACGGGAGUCGCCGCCGUUUCUGUUACUCCGCUGCAGAAGAAGACUAGUGGGGUUAACCAGUUCAUUGAGGAGAAGCAGAAGAUCUCGCUGUCCAAGGAGCGGCGAGCGGCUCGCACCCUGGGCAUCAUCAUGGGCGUGUUCGUCAUCUGCUGGCUGCCCUUCUUCCUCAUGUACGUCAUCCUGCCCUUCUGCCAGAGCUGCUGCCCCACGAACAAGUUCAAGAACUUCAUCACCUGGCUGGGCUACAUCAACUCGGGCCUGAACCCGGUCAUCUACACCAUCUUCAACCUGGACUACCGCCGAGCCUUCAAGCGACUUCUGGGCCUGAAUUGAGGCAGGCUGGCGGGGGCGGGUGGAAGAUAUGGGCCGGGCCAACCAAGGUUCCAGCGGGAGAGCGUUACUCAAAGUUUGUGCCAAACUUAAAUGGUCGUGUUUGCGAUCAGCGGAGAUCUCAGUCUAUGUACAGUUGGACCCCCAGUUGGUGAACUUCCGAAUUGAACUGCUCUAACACAUAUAUACUUUCAAAUGCGGGACUAUACUUUCUCUUGGGGAACUAAUUUUAAAUAAGUGGUUGAAUUUGAUAAAGCUUAAUAUAAUUUAUAUGUUUAACGUUUCGGCAAACUGAAAUCCACCACAUUGUAAGUCAAAGCUGAGACUCGAGUGUAUAUAUAGUUUCAAGCUAAGCUAUUAUUUCUAGCUGUACUUAAAAUACUUUUAUUUAGUUUUAAACAUUUUGUUAAUAUAUUGUUGUUCGGAUUCGAUUGAGAUGUACCACCACAGUAAGCGUAGACUGUUCAAUACUCAUACUAAAAUGGGUUGUGCUGCGAUUUAAGUGAGGAUGUUGCCUCGCUCGAGGCACAGCUACUAGGAAAAUCAUCAAAAUUACAUGGUAAAGAAUUAUACAUGCAUUAUACAUAUACUCCAGCUAAGUGACAUCCCAAACGAGAAAAGCAUCAAAUUGAAUUUAAUACAAUUAAAUUAAAUGUUUAGGCACAAGAAUUGUGGCAACUUUCGUGUUUCACCCUAAGCGUAUGGAAAACCAAAAAGGUGUUAGUUAAAUUAAAUCUGCGCUCAAGAUAUGUAAGCAACUACUAAGCUAAAUAAUAACUUCCAAGAGAGCAACGUUUUCUAGGCAUUACUUUAACAAUUUGUAUUUAUAUGUAAUUUAAUUGUAGGUAAACGAUAAACCAAACCACUAUACCUAAUGUAUACUUUCAAAAACGCUUUGGACUAUUUGUUAAAUAAUUUAACAAUUAAUUGUUUUUAUGGCAUAGCAACUAUUGUGUUGAGUGGGCAGCUUAAAGCUAGCACAUCGAAACUUACUUAAGAUAGAUAAAUGUUUAACUGCACUUUACGAAAUGCAACAGAAUUGGGGAAAGGACGUAAUUCAAUGGAUGUGUUAACUCAAGUACAUGCUAUAUCGUAAAUGUAUAUCACAAUUUAUGUCUUUUAACGACGAUGUACGAUAGUUUCACUAAUUAACUUGUUUAACGAGCAAGAGCGAGCAAAGCAUAAACGAAACAAAUAAAAGACAGAUUCGAAUUAAAGUUAUAA